AUGUCCGGCAUCUUGGAUCAACGCAAGAGAUGGAUGGUCGCAUCCAACCUUGAGAAGAGAUCCCUCCUCAUCGCCGUCAACUGCAUCGCCGGUCUCUCCAUCUUCUUCUUCGGCUACGACCAAGGCAUGAUGGGCGGCGUCAACGAAUCGCCGCACUACGUCCACCUCAUGGGCUUCGGCCACGUCGACGCCACCGGUAAGCCCGUCGUCACCAAAACACUACUCCAGGGCGGCAUCGUGGCCGUCUACUACCUCGGCACGCUGCUGGGCUGCCUGCUGGGCGGCUUCGUCGGCGACCGCUUCGGGCGCAUCACGACCAUCGGCGUCGGCGCGGCGUGGGCCAUAGUCGGCGCCGCCCUGCAAACGUCGGCGCAGGACGCCGACUGGAUGAUCUGCUCACGGCUCAUCAACGGCGUCGGCACGGGCAUCCUGAACGCCAUCGUGCCGACCUGGGCGUCGGAGCUGGCCGACUACUCGUCGCGCGGCGCCUUCAUCGCCAUGGAGUUCACCCUCAACAUCUUCGGCGUCGUCGUCGCGUACUGGCUGGCGUUUGGAGUGAGCUUCAUCGACGAGGGCCGCGCGCCGUUCCGCUGGCGCUUCCCGAUCGGCUUCCAGCUCGUCCCGCUCAUUUUCCUCAUACUGGGCUGCUGGGUGUUUCCCGAGUCGCCGCGCUGGCUGUGCCGCGUGGGCCGCGAUGAGGAGGCGCUGUACAUCUUGCAGCGGCUCCGCGGCACGACCGGUGCGGAGGCGGGCAAGGCGGAGACGGAGCUGGCCGAGAUCAGGGACAUCGUCGACCUCGAGAACAAGGAGGCCAAGCGCAACUCGUACUUCCACAUGUUCUUCGGCAUCGGCUCCGGCCGCCUGCACACCGGCCGCCGCGUCCAGCUCGUCAUCUGGCUGCAGAUCCUGCAGUGCUGGAGCGGCAUCGCGGGCAUCACCAUGUACGGUCCGACCCUCUUCGCCCUCGCCGGCUUCACCCCCACCAAAGCCCAGUGGAUCUCGGGCCUCAACAACAUCUUCUACAUGUCCGCGACGCUCAUCUGCGUCGCCACCAUCGACCGCAUCGGCCGCCGCUGGACGCUGUACUGGGGCUCCGCCACCCAGGCCGUCGCCAUGUUCCUGGUCGGCGGGCUGGCGCGGGGCGGGCUGAACGCCAGCGCCGGUGGGGAUCCCGACACCGCGAGCAAGUGGGGCGCUGCCGCCGCUGCGAUGAUUUAUUUGUACACGUUCGUGUUCGGGGCGACGUGGCUGACGGUGCCGUGGCUUUAUCCGGCGGAGUGCUUCCCGCUGCAGGUGAGGGCGAAGGGGAAUGCGUGGGGGGUGGUGGGGUGGAGUGUUGGGAAUGGGUCGCUUACGCUGGCUAUGCCGUAUAUCAUCGGCUCGAUUGGCGAGAAGGCCAUGUACGUUUUUGGCGCGUGCAAUGUCAUCGCCAUUCCCAUCGUGUGGGCCUUUUACCCCGAAUCGAACCAGAGAACGCUCGAGGAGAUGGAUCUCCUGUUCGCUGCUGAUACGCCGUGGGUGUGGGAUGCGGAGAAGAAGUUUGCUGAGUUGAAGGCUGAGGCCAUGGCGAGGAAUGACGGACGUGUUGUUGCGGAAGGAAAGGAUCAGGGAAAUCUGGACCACGUUGAGUAUCACGAGACCGUCUAG